AUGGACAAAAUGAAUAAAAAGAUAAAACUAGAUAGAGAUAUGGAAUUUUUAUUUUGGAAAAUUUGGAAAAAUAAUAUAUUAAGGAAAGAAAUUAUAUCUUUAUUACCUAAAAGCUUUCAAAAUUAUGAAAUACCAUUUUAUACAUACAAAUAUGAAGAGAUUUAUUCAAGUGAAUGGAUGAUAUUGAAUAAUCAUCUUGGCUUACUAAAAGAUAAAGUCAAUAGAAAAGAAUACCUUACAUUCAAUUAUGGUGUUAUUGAUAAAGAUAAUAUUAAUUUACAUAUAAAAAGUGGUAAUAACGCUAGUAUUAGUUGCAGUGGAGCACAAUUUAAAAAAACAAUUUUCAAUUGCUUUGAAAAGGAUGACAUUCAAGAUCAAGAAACUUUUUAUUAUGCUCUAUUUAAAAAUUAUAGUGAUAUAUUUUUAAAUUCUUUUCAAAAUACAUUAUCAGUCUUAGUAAAGUAUGAUUGUUUAUCAGGUUUUAACGUUUUAUCAAUAAUUGGUAAACAAGAACAAGAAAAAGUUGGUCAUAGUUUUUGGGUUCAUAAAGAUUUAUUAUUCAUUUCAAUAAAUUCAAGUUCUUUUAAAAUUGCAAAUUUCUUAUUCAAAAAUUUUAAUCACCUUUUUAAAUUUUCUGAAAAAGAAAUAAUAAAUUCAAUUGUCAAAAAUGAUGAAACAAAAAAUUUAAUUAAAAAAUUAGAAUUUUUUCAACAAGAUAUUUUACCAUUUUUAAAAUCAUCAAAUAAUAAUAAUAAUAAUAAUAAUAAUAAUAAUAAUAAUAAUAAUAAUAAUAAUAAUAAUAAUAAUAAUAAUAAUAAUAAUAAUAAUAAUAAUAAUAAUUAUCAAAUUAGUAAUAUUACAUUUAAAUUUUCAUUUUAUGAAACUACAACAUUAAUGGAACUUUUAAAUUGUUGUAUUUGUCUAAAUAAUAUUAAAGUAAAUCUAGAAAAUUAUAUGAAAUCAUUACAACUUGAUUUAUUAGCACAUAGUAAAGCAUUUUCACUAUUUUUAAAUUCAUUAAAAAUUAAUAAUAUCAGUGAUCUUUUAUUAUCAGAAUCAGAGUUAAAAAAUAUGAAAGAUUUAUUAAUUGUGGAAUUUGGUGAAUCAAUGAAUAAUCUACCAGUAUAUCAACUUCAAAAAUCAAAUUUAAUCAUUGAAAAAUUAUUAAAAAUGGUUUUACCAUUCAUAAGUUUACGUGCAUUAGAUGAUUCAAGUGAAACGAGUAUUAGUUGGUUCGAAGAUAGUUUGCAAUACUUGAUUUGUUACAAUAAAUCAUUUCCAAAUCCAAAUUUAUUGAAAAAACACUUUCCAUCAAUAUCUGCAGAAAACCUAACGAAUCUUCAAUUCAAAUAUGGAUUUUACAAUUCAGAUUGUUUAAGUCAUAUUACACCUAUUGAUGUUUUAUUUCAGUUUCAAGUUGAUAAAGAAAAAAGAAAACAAUACAUUAGUUCACUCAUUAAAAAUAUUCAUUUGAUGAGAGAUAAAACUGGAAAACCUUUUUCUCAUCAAAUAAAGAUUUUAAAAACAACUUCAAGAUUAUGUUAUUUAAAUGAUUUAGAUUCUAUUAAAUUGGUUUAUAAUUUAUUAGAAAAAGAUACGAAUAGAUUUCAUUUAUUACCUGAAUUAAAAUAUUGGAAUUGUGAUAUAUUAGAUUAUUUUAAAAGUCAACCAGAAUUUAAAAUUAAUUUCAAUUUUUUAAUAAAGAAUUGUGCUCCAAAAUCAGUUUUAAAUCAUUAUUUUAAAAAAUAUUAUAAUGGUUCAGAUGGAAUUGAAGAUGAAGAUAAUAAUAAUAAUAGUAAUAAUAAUAAUAAUAAUAAUAAUAAUAAUAAUAAUAAUAAUAAUAAUAAUAAUAAUAAUAAUAAUAAUAAUAAUAAUAAUAAUAAUAAUAGUUUGAAUAAUGAUGAUAACGAUUUAAGUACACUUGAACAACUUAAAACUAUAAUUGAUCAAAGAAGUAAUGAAAGAUUUUCAGAAACUACUAUUAUUCAAUUAAUGGAAAAGAAUUUAUCAAAACAAUGGGUUGAUGCAAUAAAUUGGAUUUAUUUGAAUAAGAAUGAAGAUUUCAAAGUAGAGUAUUUAGGCUCAGCAAUCUUUAAACUUUUUAAAUAUAAUAAAGGUAUAUUUCUAAAUGAUCCAAAAGAUUUUCUAAAUAUGCCUUUAACCGUCCUAAAUCAAAUUGGUGAAAGGUCAUGCGAAAGUAAUUUAUCAUUCCUUUCAAAUAUAAUUGAAACCUUUCAAAAUUCUGGAGUACCAUUUUUUUUCGAAAAUUCAAUUUCUGGAAAUAAUCAUGCUUGUUUUCCAACAACAAUAAUAUUAAAAAGAGCAAUUGAAAUGGGAAAUUUGCAUUUGAUUAAAUAUUGUUAUAAAAACCAUCCAUUCCUUUUUGAAAAUUCUGAAAAUAACCAUGAUAAAUCCAGAUUUCAUACAUCAAUCGUUGAAAGGGCAUUGGAGAAUGGUCAUUUAUCACUUUCUAUUUUCUUAUAUUCAAUUUUAAAAUCAAGGGUUCUCUAUCAAGAAAAUGAAAAUAAUUUUUUAUUAUGUUAUGAUAAAAUAAAAUAA